CGUCAAUAUGGCGAAUGUUUUGAAAAAUAAGUAGCGCACAGUAGCGUCUUCGGUCAGCGGCUGGUGGGGCAUCAGCUGUUUAGCCGCGGCGUUCGCGCUCCUCGAUAAUCGUGCGUCGAGUUCUCUUCGUCGCUGAAGAUGAGUACGUGUAUGUGUAGUACGAUGCGAUCAUGGGUUCCAUCGCCUCGGUGCUUCAGUGGCAGUGUGCGGAGUGCAAGCUAAUCAAUCCGACCGAGUCGGCCGUCUGCCAUCGGUGCGGCUGUCGUCGCCAGCGCAAGAAGUCACCCGACGACGACGACGACGAGGAAGCCGCACGCUGCACUGUGAUUAGACGUAUAAAGUCCCAACCACCACAGCAGCAUCUACGAACAAAAGAAACGCAAAGUGGUAACUCCCGCUCGGAUUCGGUGAGAAGCGUCGGAAACGUUGGUCGCUCAUCAAGUGCGCCGGAUCUCACCGUCGUCGGCGCGUGCACAUCCUGCGGACUCAUCGCGCGGUCCGCGUGUAAGACAUGCGUUGCGUGUGAUCGGCGUAUGGCCACGAUGAGCGGCGUGUGCAAAGUUUGCGCCGCGCUCACGCUGCCCCCCGUCGAGCAGCCUCCGCAGCUGUACCAAUCCUACGAUCUGAAGGUGGUCUGCCACUGCCAGAGCCAACCCGCCUCCGAUGCUCGCUCUCGACUUCUUGGAAUCUCAAAGAUUAAAAGCUAUAGCUGUUCUAUUGGUGGCGGGGAAGGCAGUGGAUUCGGAGGGUUGGAAAUGCGGCAGAACGUACGCACGACCGCAAGUGGGAUCAACUACUCCAAGGAGAAGCACAAUCAGUACCCGUGGCGAGUUAAAAGUGGUCCAAUGGCUACCUGGACUUGCAGGCGAUGCACCCUGUUAAACAAUCCUGAAUCCAUUAUUUGUGAGGCUUGUGAAUCUCCUUUCUCGCCUGAUAAUAAUAGCAAUAUCAGUCGUAGUGUGAUAAUUAAGGUUGAUAACUGGUCCGAUAAUGAUGCGCUGAGGCAACCGAGUCAGUCAUAUGCGCACGAAAAACCGAUGUACAGGAGAUCAUUCUCCGAACUGCCGCAGACACAGAAUCUGAACACGCCGAAUCUCAAUCGUCGCUCGUUAGGCGCUGACAUUCUGCAACAAUCGUUUCCGAAGUCGAGCACAUCGAUGACGGACAUCCAGGCACAGAAUACAAUUAGCAGUAUUACAAACAGAUACGGCAGUCUGAAUCGUUCGACGAGUGAUAUUAGCGGUUGUGAGGGCGCGAUGGCCGACGCCGUGUACACUUACAUCGGCAUCACCGAUCCGGACGGCGGCGAUAAGGGCCACCUGUACGAAAACCAGAGCGUGGUCGACGCCGCCGCCGCGCACGGCAAAACGAAAUAUUUCGAUCCCAACAAGCACGAGGCAAUACUGGAAGCCCUCAAGAAUAGCCCACCUAGUAGUUGGAGUCCCAAGGAGAGGCGAUGGACCUGUGCGCAAUGUUCCUUCGCUUACAAUUCGCUCAUUGUGGAUCGCUGUGAGGUGUGCAAUUGUCUUCGAAGUCAACCAUGCACCAUUACUGUCACAGAGGAUAUCAACACCCCUUCAAGUUCAUUAGCAAUUCCUUUCAAAUGGAACGAAACAACAUCUCAAGUACCUAUAGCAACGUUGGAUCAGGGUCUUGAAGACGACUUCCAAACGCUACCGGGUGAAGACUUCCCCGAUGAUGGUAAAUGGACGUAAAAAUGCACGCUGGUGAAUUCGGGCAAGUCUCUCACGUGUGUGGUUUGCUUUGGUUCGAAACUGAAGUCGCUCUCGCUGUCGCACGAUAUGACACUGCGUAAAGGCGAAUUCUGGACCUGCGGGAAGUGCACACUCAAGAAUCAGAUCGGGACACUUGUGUGUAAAGUGUGCAAGACUGAAAAGCCUUCAACUUUAGCUCUCCCAGCGCCUACUUCAGGUUCGCGGAGUCCAUCACCUCGACAUCAUUCACGCAAACAUCAUCAUGCCGGUAAUAGCUCACGGGCUGUUUAUGCCAAGGUGAAUUAUGCACAAACGAAAAACAAAGCAAGGAUUAAUCUGGAAUCCGAUAGGGAACAAAAUGCUUCAACGAGUAAUUCAAUAAUAUUACCUUUGAUGAAACCUUGGGAAUGUUUGAUCUGCACGUUUGAAAAUACCAAGUCGCAAGUGUAUUGCGAUAUGUGUCUGAACAUGCGGCCUGAUCCAAGGGAACCUCCCGAACAACCUCAGCGUUUGACAGCUGAAGAACUGGCGAAUAAACAUUGGAACUACAUUGUGCGGUAUUGUAAGUUGAAAAAACAGAGUUAUAUAGAUGAUACGUUUCCGCCAGCACCGACGAGUUUGUAUUACAAUCCCCCGGAGAAUAAGGAUGUAAGAUCCCAAUUGGAUCUUUGUGUAGUGCUGUUUAAAGCUCGCAAUGCUUCACCGCCGAAUAUUGGUGCGCUUGUAGAGCACAGUAAACGGCAAGUCAGGGGUUUUGUUGGUUGUAACAAAAUGCUCGAACCCGCCGAAUAUAUCGUAGUGCCAUUGGCGUUCAAUCAUUGGCACACUGGCUUAGAAGAUGCCGAAGCAUAUCCUAGAUACGUUCUGGCGAUUCAUUCCUCCAAGAAGGUCCUUACCGAACAAAUGAUACCUCCACAACAUAUACUCGCUGACUCAAUCAUCUCACUGACGCUGGCACGUGGGCAGCGUCACGAGGGUCGCGAGGGUAUGACCGCUUAUUAUCUUACCAAAGGCUGGGCAGGGUUGGUUGUAAUGGUUGAAAACCGCCAUGAGAAUAAAUGGAUCCACGUCAAGUGUGACUGCCAGGAGAGUUACAACGUUGUUUCGACUCGGGGCACGCUCAAAACCGUCGAUUCUGUGCCACCGUUACAUCGACAGGUAAUUAUCGUACUCACCCAGCUUGAAGGCAGUGGCGGAUUCUCGAUUGCCCAUCGCCUCACGCACCGCCUUGCAAAUUCGCAAGGUUUGUACGAUUGGGGAGCACCUGGCACUUCACACGACCCUGAGUUGGACCAUCAGACGAGCGGGCUGCACACGCCGCGUCUGAUAACGUAAAACAGCUCUCUGUUUCUCCGCGGUGUAUGCUCGACUCCCGUUUAAGUGAUAUUAAUGCAUAAGGAUAUUCAACCGUGAACAUUGACACUCACUUGUAUUGUAUUUAUUUAAGUUUUGUGUUCGAAAUUUAAAAGGAUUACGUUUAAUAGUCUUAAGUUACGAAGGUUGUGGAGACAUGUAGUCUUUGCGCUAUUUCCAUUCUUGAUAAGAAUUCGAAACACAACGCCCUGUAUAUGUUAAGACUGAUGCGUAGUUUGUGCUAUGUUGUGCCAUCUCGAACAAUGAAAAAAAAAAAACAGUUUAUAAUAACGGUCCUAGAGAUGAUGCCGCUGAAUUCGAGGCUGGUUCGACUUUAAACGAAGGUAAUACUUUGAACAUUCUCACUUACACGUGUUCAUUAAAUAUAGUUUAGUGACAGUAUGUGGCGGGACACAUUGAAAGAAAGCAAAUACUAUCAAAUCGUAGUCUUCUAUCAGAAGAACGCAGAAAGCAGUACACAAUAUAAUUCUAGCACAUAUAAGUUGCUUACCUUUGAUUGCGCAGGAACAAUUCACGAAUUGUUCAUCAACGUCAUGCAAAAAAUGGGAAUAAUGUUGGAAAAAGGAACUUCAGGGUAAUUCAAUUGGACAUUCUCUUGAACACAAGUAAAAGUUUUUGGACGGCUAUUCUUUCGUUUGGUAUUCUUCAAUAUUAAAUACGGCUAAAAUUAGUUGAAACAAAUCAAUUCUCUUGUGGGCGUGUUUUUCCAUGCAAUGGAGCAGCUUAUAAUUUUGAUUUCAUGGCAGACAAUAAAUGGUCGAUAUUAUUUCUAUGUAAUUCCAAGACAAGCUAAUGCAAUGAAAGUGUUUCGCAACGUGGAACAAGUCUGUAGAACAAAGUAUAUUAUUCAAUUUAAAUUUUAAAAGUAUAAGUGUCAUAUGUGCGGAUAUAAUAUAAAACAAAUCGUCUAACUUAA